CAAAGCAGAAGCGCGUCUUUCAAAAUGAUCACAAAGCUAGACAGUGUGCUUUUGCCACGAAAGAAGUUCAUCUACCAUUACAAGAACAUGCGCUGGGCAAAGGGCCGGCAUGAGACAUACCUCUGCUUUGUAAUCAAGAGGCGGGUGGGGCCAGACACCUUAACCUUUGACUUUGGACACCUCCGUAAUCGCAAUGGCUGUCAUGUAGAGCUUCUGUUCCUGCGCUACCUUGAAGCCUUGUGCCCUGGUUUGUGGGGGUAUGGAGGUGCUGGAGAGAAGAGGCUCAGCUACUCCAUCACAUGGUUCUGUUCUUGGUCCCCCUGUGCCAACUGCUCCAUGAGACUGUCCCAGUUCCUCAGGCAUUUGCCCAACCUCCGCCUCAGGAUCUUCGUCGCACGCCUUUACUUCUGUGACAUGGAGGACAGCCGGGAGAGAGAGGGCCUAAGAUUGUUGAAAAAGGCUGGGGUGCGGAUCACAGUGAUGAGUUACAAAGAUUACUUCUACUGCUGGCAGACCUUUGUUGCUUGUAAACAGAGCAGCUUCAAGGCGUGGGAGGAGCUGCACCAAAACUCUGUUCGACUUGCCCGAAAACUCAACCGCAUCCUCCAGCCACUGGAAACAGAAGAUCUAAGAGAUGCCUUCAAGCUUCUUGGACUUUGAACACAUCUGUGAACCCCUCUGUUAAUAGCAUUCAGUCAGUCAUUAAUUUUGUUGAGAAAAAAUAUAAGUUGGUGUUCGUCCGUCACUACAACUGCUUAACUGAGAAUGAAAUAAACUGAGAAAAAAAACUGAAUAAAUAGCUCCCAAGUUUUAGCAAGGCUGGUCACCAAAUGUAGCUUCUGCUUGCUUUUUCUAUCGUACA